CGCAGUUUCUACUUUAGACGAGGGACUAGCACUGGCCAUUGAACACACGUUUCAGCACUUCAGCAGUCUUCUCUUAAUAGACCGACUAUGAUCCUGAGUGCUGUAUCGAAGGCAGCCGCUGGCGCCUUGAGAGUUGCUAAACCUUCACUCCUGCAAAAUGAAUUGACGAAAGUGUCGAGCGUCCUCGCUAUUAACAGUGAGUACAUAUUUUGUAAAUUAAUAUCGGAGGUAAUCGGCGAUUGUACUGACAUGAUACUGUUUGACGUAUCUGCUUUGUUGGGUCGUAUUCCAUCUGCCGUGGGUUAUCAGCCUACGUUGGCUACUGAUAUGGGUACUAUGCAAGAACGUAUUACCACGACGAAAAAGGGAUCCAUCACCUCUGUUCAAGCCAUUUAUGUACCUGCUGAUGACUUGACAGAUCCCGCUCCUGCUACCACCUUUGCUCACUUGGACGCUACAACUGUAUUGUCACGCGCCAUUGCUGAAUUAGGUAUUUAUCCGGCUGUCGAUCCUCUCGACUCCACAUCUCGUAUUAUGGAUCCUAAUAUUAUCGGCAUGGAACAUUAUAAUAUCGCCCGUGGCGUACAGAAGAUCCUCCAAGAUUAUAAGUCACUACAGGAUAUUAUUGCAAUUUUGGGUAUGGACGAAUUAUCAGAGGAAGACAAGUUGACAGUCGCACGUGCGCGUAAAAUCCAAAGGUUCUUGUCCCAGCCAUUCCAGGUUGCCGAGGUAUUCACCGGUCACGCUGGUAAACUAGUACCAUUACAAGAAACCAUCAAAGGAUUCCAAAAGAUUUUGGUUGGAGAAUUAGAUCACUUACCGGAAGUAGCAUUUUACAUGGUCGGUCCGAUUGAGGAAGUAGUAGCAAAAGCAGAAUCGUUGGCCAAACAAUAAAUUAAUUUACAGUCAAUCGUAAAAGCGUUGUAAAAAUUUUAUUUGAUCAUUUGUUCGUGAAAACAACCUUUCAACAAAAAUUGAAUUUUUUCUUAUUUAAUUUUUAUCAUAAUAUCACAGUUCCUUAAAUCUAAAUUGAGCAAGUACUAAAAGUGUUCAAAUGAAAAAAUAUAAAAGAAAAGCGGAAAAACAUAAACAUUGAGUUUUUUUCGAAACAAUAUGAAAUAUUACUGUAAUAUUAUUAAAGUUUAUCGUACAAACUGAAAAGGUUGCUUUACGCUUUACCUUCUUUUGGUUACAUGAACGCUCAUUAAAAAUACAUGGAAAUCGGACAUGAAUGUGUUCAAUCAGAAUAUACAUUAACAUACUGCUACUUUUAGACUUUCUUCAUAGAUCUAAUCAAUAUGGAUCAUGUUAUUACCAAUUAACAUAUACCGCAGAAUCACGAUGUAUAUGUUAGAUAUUAAUAAAAGUUUUACAAAAAUACAAAA